AACGUACAAUUAUAAUAAUGUCUAACCCCCAUAUUUUUACCAAUACAUAAGAAAAACCCGAAACCGGCGCCAUGACAGGCCGUGGCGCGCGAGGAAGGGCCAGAGGGCGCCACCUCCGGGAAGAACAAGAAAACAUCGCAGUGCGCAGACCGGGUCAGGAAAAGCUAGAGACCCAAUUCGCUAACCUACGAAUGAGCGACAGCGACAGAGACAGUACGUAUGAUGGAAGAGGAGGAAGAGGAGGCGAAAGAGGAGGAGGAAGAGGAGGAGGAAGAGGAGGAAGAGGAUGGGAUAGAGGAGGAGGAAGAGGAGGAGGAAGAGGAGGAAGAGGAGGAGGUCGUGGGGAAGGCAGGCCACGACCUGAUGUCCUCCAGGUAAUGAGUCAGACGAAAGAGGAGGUCGUGUGGACGAGGCCGCAACACGUCACUGACAAGAAGGGCACCACCGGCAUGCCGAUCAUCCUCCGUGCCAACUACUACCAGGUCAACGCGGUGCCAGACUGGGCACUGUGCCUCUACCGGGUCGACUUCAUCCCUGACGAAGAAAGGACUUUUGUCAAGAAGGAAUUGUUACGUCAGCACGCCAGCGUUCUCGGAAAUUACAUCUUUGACGGAAACCAGUUAUAUAUCGCCCGGCUUCUUCCUCAGGAUCCGCUGGAACUGACAUCAAAGCGACCCGAUACAGGCAACCCUUAUUUGGUCAAGAUCCGCUUCAUCAAGGAAAUACCCGCGUCGGAUACCCUGUUUCUGCAGAUCUUCUCCAUCUUACUCCGGCGUUGCUAUGAAUACCUAGGACUGACGCAAGUGGGACGCAAUUAUUACAACAGCCAUGAGGAAGUUCAGAACCAGAAGUACAGAGUGGCAAUUUGGCCCGGAAACGUCUCGAGCAUUCGGCAACACGAGAACGGAAUCCUCAUGGUAACCGAUAUCAUCCACAAGUUCCUCCGCCUGGAUACCGUCUACGACAUUAUGCGAACGAUCAGGAACACCCGCCCCGAUAGCUUUAGGUUCGUGACGGGGAAACAACUCCUCGGACUCGUAGUGAUGACUCGUUAUAACCAGCGAACGUACAGAGUCGACGACAUUGCCUGGAACCUGACCGCCAUUAGCAAAUUCUCGUGCCAGGGAGAGGAAAUUACGUAUCUGGAUUACUAUGAAAAGACGUACCAAGUGAAGAUCAAAGACCCGUACCAGCCUCUCCUUCUGUCCAAGCCUCGCAAACGGGACCUUCGGCGCGGGCAGGGCAACAUAUACCUCAUUCCGGAGCUAUGCGUGCCCACUGGCCUUUCCGACGACAUGCGCAGUGAUUAUAACCUCAUGCGCGAUUUCUCGGAAUAUACGCGCAUGAGUCCGGAUAAACGUGUGGCGUCGCUGCGUCGGUUCAACAAUAGGCUGUUUGAGAACCAGAAGGUCAAGGCCGAGCUGCAGCAAUGGGGCCUCGACUUCUCCCAAGUCCUGACCAAGGUCCGUGGACGCGUCUUGCCCGGAGAAAUGGUCAUGCAGUCGUCUCACUCCUUCGUGUACCAGAGUUCGGAACCCGACUGGGGCAAGGACAUUAAAGACGUGCCGGUGAACGUGGCCCAGAACGUAACGAACUGGGUACUCGUCGUUCCGGUGCGUCUACGAAGGGAAGCGGAGGAGCUGAUGGGGGGACUGAAGAAAAUCGGACGAGCUCUUGGUAUCACCUUCAAUAACCCGACUCUCCAGCUCCUGCAGCAGGACACGGCGCAGGACUACAUCCGCGCCCUCAGGAACUGCAACGCCGUGCAACUCGUGGUGUGCAUCCUGCCCAACGCGCGCCUCGACCGCUACGCCGCCGUCAAGAAGCACGUGUCCGCCAUCAUGGGCACGCCGUCGCAGAUGGUCCUCGCCAAGAGCAUGCAGAACAAAGCUCGUCAGGUCAGCAUCCUCCAGAAAAUUGUUCUUCAGAUCAAUUGCAAGCUCGGAGGAGAAAUCUGGAACCUUCAGAUACCGUUCCAGAACACCAUGGUCGUGGGUUAUGACACCUACCAUGACAGUGCCAGAAAGGGUGCCUCAUGGGGCGCCGUGGUUGCUUCAUUCAACAAGAACCUGACACGUUACUACGGCCAGGUGUUACGUCACGCCAACCAGGAGGAGCUGACUGCGAAUUUCUGCACGGCUAUCCAGAACUCCCUGUGCCACUACGCCGAAGUCAACGGCUGCCUGCCCGAGCGCGUCCUUGUCUAUCGCGACGGCGUGGGCGAAGGGCAGCUGGCGUACGUGAAGGGGACGGAGAUAGCGGCCAUCAAGGCUUGCUUCGCCGCCAACCAGUUCUCUCCGAGGUUCAGUUUCAUCGUGGUGAGCAAGAGGAUCAACACGCGCCUCUUCGCCCAGGGUUCGCGUUCGGGGAAUCCCAUUAAUCCGCCGCCUGGGACCGUCUGCGAUGACGUCAUCACGUUGCCAGAAAGGUACGACUUUUACCUCGUGAGUCAGCGUGUGACUCAAGGGACAGUCACCCCGACGUCAUAUAACAUUGUCGAAGACGUCAACUCCAACCUGGAUGCUGACAGACACCAGCGGUUGGCUUAUAAGCUGACUUAUCUCUACUACAACUGGAUGGGCCCUGUGCGAGUACCUGCACCUUGCCUCUACGCACACAAGCUGGCUUACAUCACGGGCCAAGCCAUACACGACGUGCCCCACCAAGAACUCUGUGACAAGCUUUGGUAUCUCUAAGGCGCCCUUUGACACCUGUCGACGCUGCAGAUGCCACAGAUGAUGUACUGGAUUGACACUCGACUCGUUGACACCAGUCAUUGGCACCGGGCGUUGAUAUCUGGUCCCCAGAGCUGUUGGUGUUGAUUAAACUCUACGGUGCAAAAUCCAUGUUUCACUUACUCGUUUUUUCACACGUAACGUUUGUAUAGUGGUUUUUGGCUUUUGUAAUAUAUAUCAUAGCAUUGUUUGAGCCUUUUUAACAAUGGUUGACUUCUUGUCAUCACAUUUAAUUUACCUCCAUACCCAGCAAUUAUCAUUGCUUUAACUUUGAUAACAGUUUUUAUUUCUAUUUUCGUUGUUUUUCCUUUAUAAUUUUAAUCAUUCAGUGUUUUUUCUCAUUUUGUCUCUUUCUUUCUGUAUAUUUUCUCUCCUUUUGUCUCCUUACUUCUAUAUUUUUUUCUCACUUUUUAAACUUAAUCAGUUUCUUACAAUUCUUUUAGUCUCCUAAACGGACGUUAACUGGUUCUGAGUCGAGGAAAGUUAGUAAGAAUUACGACAUGAAAGUCCUUUUAGUUCGAAUUAUCAUAUCGAUUUAUUUUCUUUAUGCACAGUAAUUAUUUCGUGUAUGUUAAAUCUAAUUUGACACAUAUGCGUAGAUAUGUUUACACAUAUGAAUGUGUUAAUGUAUGUAUAUAUAUACAUACACACAUACACACACACAAACACACACGCACGCACGCACGCACGCACACACACACACACACACACACACACACACACACACACACACACACACACACACACACACACACACACACACACACACACAUAUAU